UAAAGUUGUUUGAAGCCCGGCCGGCCGCGGGUCACGUGAGCGGAAGAUGGCGGCCCCGGCAGGCGGCGGCGGCUCCGCGGUGUCGGUGCUGGCCCCGAACGGGCGGCGCCACACGGUGAAGGUGACGCCUAGCACCGUGCUACUGCAGGUCCUGGAGGACACGUGCCGGUGUCAGGACUUCAACCCCAAUGAGUAUGAUCUGAAGUUUCAGAGGAGUGUGCUGGACCUCUCUCUCCAAUGGCGCUUUGCCAACCUGCCCAACAACGCCAAGCUGGAGAUGGUGCCCGUCUCCCGGAGCCGCGAGGGGCCCCAGAACACGGUCCGCAUCGCUGUGCAGCUGGAAGAUGGCUCCAGGCUCCAGGGCGCCUUCUGCUCCGGCCAGACUCUCUGGGAGCUCCUCAGCCAUUUCCCACAGACCAGGGAGUGCCUGCAGCAGCCGGGCGAGGCGACCCCCGUGUGCGUGUCCAUGAGGGAUGAGGUGACCGGCGCGGCCGCCCUGCGGAGCACCACGCUGUUGUCGCUGGGCCUCACGGGGGGCAGCGCCACCAUCAGGUUUGUCAUGAAGAGGGUGGACGCUGAGGGCAGGCCAGAGACCGGGGUCGCCAGGAGCAAAACCCCAGGAAGUCCAGCUGACCAGGUGGCCGGUGGUCCCCUGCCCCCCUUGAACUCUGGGGAGCUGAGCUGUGGGGACCUGAGCCGUCAGGGGGAGGUAGGCACCUCGGGGGCCUGCCACGCAGAUGGCCCAAAGCCAGCGGACGCGCCAGCAAAACAGAGCGUGCAGGAGCCUGGCCCCGCCCCCUUUGUGCCUUUCUCUGGUGGGGGACAGCGGCUGGGGGGCCCAUCCGGGUCCGGGCGGUCUGUGAUGUCGCCUUCAGCCAAGCUGCCCACGUCCACCUCCAGCCCCGGAGGCCCCUCCAAGCCGAAGAAGUCCAAACCCGGCGAGGAGCCCCCGCAGGAGCCAGAACCGCCCGUGGACCGGGAUGCUGUGGUGUGCCACCCGGACCUGGAGGACCUGCUACAGGCCUGGCCGGCCGAGCUGCCUGACGAGUUCUUCGAGGUGACUGUGGAUGACGUCCGGAGACGCCUGGCCCAGCUCAAGAGUGAGCGGCAGCGCCUGGAGGAAGCCCCGCUGGUGACCAGGGCCUUCAGGGAGGCCCAGAUGAAGGAGAAGCUGGAGCGUUACCCCAAGGUGGCUGUGAGGGUCCUGUUCCCUGACCGCUACAUCCUGCAGGGCUUCUUCCGCCCCAGCGAGACAGUGGGGGACCUGCGGGACUUCGUGAGGCACCACCUGGGGAACCCCGAGCUGCCGUUCUACCUGUUCAUCACACCUCCCAAAACCGUGCUGGACGACCACACGCUGACGCUCUUCCAGGCAAACCUCUUCCCUGCUGCCCUUGUGCACUUGGGAGCCCAGGAGCCAGCAGGCCUCUGCCUGGCACCCAGGCUGCUGGAACACACGGUGCCUCCGUCUGCGGCUGACAUGCUGGUGGCCAGGUGCAUGUCCAGGGCCGCCGGGUCCCCACCCCCGCUGCCAGCCCCUGAGCUCCCACCUGCUCCCGAGGAGGGGGCACCAGGCCCCCCGGAGCCCGUCCCCGGGACAGCCCAGCCUGUGAGGAGGAGCCUGGGCAAGGUGCCCAAGUGGCUGAAGCUGCCAGCGGGUAAGAGGUGAGAGCAGCCAGCCCGGAGGUGACCUCCCCAUCGACCACAGGACCCCACCCCACCCCACGGGAAUAAAGACGCUUCUCUCAAGA